AUGGUUGUAAUAAUUACAACUCAACAAAUUUUCUCUCGAUCAUUCAUUUUGAUAUGUAAAUGACGAGGUGUACCUCAUCUGGCGGAGGCUAUUCUCAGCCAGCUAGACUCGCGCAGCCUGCUUUCCGUGGAGCGGGUUUCUCGCGGUUGGCAAUGGGCUGUCGCUCGUCAUCAACUCUGGCGAAAGCUAUUGCUCUACCGGCUAAAAACUGACCCCGUAUGGCGCAGCUUAGCUGAACGUAGAGGUUGGUUGGAAGUUGUUCAAUCGGCUGGAGCUGGUUGUGGAAAUGGCGGCAGUUGUGGUGUUGAAAGGUCAGGAUUCUGGGACAGUUGUGGUGAUGUGUCUUGCUUGCCACUUGCCCUUGAGCGCCGCCGAGCAGCAUUAGGCCUUCGACAACGCCUUGCCGACUUCCCAUUGCUCUCGGAGCAGAGUCCUGGCACCACAGGAGCUUCAGGCGAUUGUGGAGGGGGUAAGUCAUUAUCAGCCAACUUACCGUAA